AUGUCAGGGACAGACAGCAAGAGCUUGACGAUACCAAAGUUUUCCUCGUUCAAGGCCAAGGCGCCAGGUCCCGAUUCCCCGUCCGAGUCGGCUUCUCCUGGCGUCGAAGAGGGCAAGCGCAGCGAUGAACGGCGAAAAGAACGUGAUAAAGAUGCGCAUCGCUCUCAUCGCCACGUCGACCGCGAGAAAGACCGAGAACGAGGCCGCCGUCACCGAAAGGACCAUCCUCGACAUGCCGAUGAGCGCCCAUCGAGGCACCGCUCAAAUCAUCGGCAACUCCUAGAUAGUUCGGCGUUGUCAGACCUAGGUAGCAGAGCGUUGGUCAGACGGGAGGCGAAAACCGAGCCUCCUCAGGUACCUGGUCCCAGAGAUGCCGAGGCCCUCUUUGUCAUUGACAAGCGCGGUGACCCCAUGAAUUCGAGGUACCACAGCAAUGAUCGCUCCAAGGUGCCUAACUAUCGCCGGAGCGGCCGCGGGCGAGUGCUCGGCUCAGAAGGCUAUCUCAGGACCCACUGGGACGGCACCAGGGAAGAGUUCGCCAUCCAGUUGCCUGGCGAUGGUGGUUCGGCCACGCGAGACAGCCGGCUGUUUCGGUCCAACGUGCGUCGCAUACGUCCGAGGCGCAUCAGACCGCACCGGGGCGAUGGACAGCCUAACGCUGAGGAGCAGGACUAUGUGCCCCUGAAAGCAUCCGCCCAUGGUCAUCAGUUCACCGAGGAUCCGCUCUUAUCCAACGAAGCGGUGGAAGAGGGCCCCGACUACAGAUCCAUAGAGGGAAAAGCCAAGGAACACGAGUUCUCGGACAGUGACGUGGACUAUGGAUCAGCUGAUGAUCAUGAUGUCGCCCUCGAUUACGACGAUCCCAUCAAGCAGAGGUCCAUAGACCUUGGGCGCCGCGUCAAGGAACACCCCGAGGAUAUCCAGGCAUGGCUGGAACUCAUCAACCACCAGGAUGUCCUGCUGCGGGCCACGGAGGGCGUUGAUGGCGAUGCAACAAGGGCGGCGGUAUCCAGCUACGCUGAGAUCAAACUCUCUAUGUACGAGUCUGCGAUGAAGCACGUCGGAGUUUCUGACUACCAGGAACGGCUACUGCUCGGUACCAUGCUGGAGGGGGCCAAAGUUUGGCCAGCUUCCAAGCUCGAGCGCCGUUGGGACGAGAUCGCUUCUGAGCACCCCACAAGCUUUGUUCUCUGGAAAGCGAGGAUGGAUUCCAGGCUUUCCAAUAUUUCCAAGUUCCAGUACCAGGAUAUCAGGGACAUGUAUCUUGACCGCCUGCGCAGUGUCCCCAGUCACCCCACGCAUCCCGUCGGUCCGCAUGCUGGGUCGCCCACUGGCGAUGGUGAUCGCGCAGCCAUCUAUGCCCAGCUGAUUUAUGUAUUUCUCCGUGCUACACGGUUUGUUUUUUAUGCUGGCUAUCGGGAGCUAUCUGUGGCCGCCUGGCAGGCGCACUUCGAGCUUAACCUUUUUCGGCCUGACACUCUGCACAACGCCCCCCUUUCAGAAGUCCUCGAGUCGUUCAAGGAAUUUUGGGAAAACGAGGUGCCCCGAAUAGGAGAGGAAGGUGCCCUUGGGUGGGCGCACUUCGUAGCGGCUGGAGGGGAUGUUGACCCUCCAGAUCCCCGAGUCUCUGACACUCCUAUGGUCACGUCUCGCGAUGUCUAUAAGUCAUGGGGAGUAACCGAACAGCUACGAGCCUUAGACUCGAGGCAGCCCGCACGAUCCCUGGACGAAGGAACCGAGGACGACCCGUAUCGCGUCAUCAUGUUCUCCGACAUUGAGAGCUUCCUCUUCAUCAUCCCUGAGGAUUUGUUGCUCUCAAUCCGGCGUCAGUUGGUGGAUGCAUUCCUUCUCUUCUGCCACUUACCACCGACUGAGCGAACCAAUCCGUGGACCAGAGCGGCAGCCGCUGACCCGUUCAUCUUGGGCGGAAUGAAACACUUUGAGGGGGAAUUAUACCAAAGGCCAGUAGAGGCACCUCUAGAGAACGAGGAGGCAUCAACAAGGUUACCCAACUUUGGCCAAGACAGCCACCAUCUAGCACCCUCACUAGAUGUCCUGUUCCCAGGGCAGACUUGGUUUCAGUACCUAAGCGGUUGGCCCACCACAGGGAAAGACCAGGAUGGCCCGGUCAAGCUCGCAUUGGCCCUCGCAGUCUUGAAGCAGCUGCUCCAGAAGGCCAGGUUCGAAGACAUGGCCCCGUACUACCUUGCUUUAGAACGGGUGAACGGUCCAGGCACAGUCAAGAAGCGAGCCAAAGCUCUCCUGAAACAGUUCUCAUCCAACAUCUGCCUCUACGUAGCGUAUGCGCUCGCGGAGUGGGCGAGCGGCAACGUCGACGUGGCACGGCAAGUCCUUGGAUCCGCGAAAGGGCUGAUGUUACCCAAGGAAUCUGCGGAUAAGCUAGUUCUAUGGACAGUAUGGGCUUGGAUUGAGCUUGAAGCUGGCGACAAGGCCAAGGCAGUGCUAUACAUCUGUGCUGCAACGAGCCCUUCGCUUGGUGACACGGCAGACGCCGCUACAGUGACUCCUCACCACUUACUUAGUGCUCGACAGACGCUCUCCGGCGAUCUCGGGUACUUCAUUUCCACUUCACAAUUCGACGCCGCCGUCUCGAACGCAGAAUUGCUGGCCAUGCUAGAGUACCUCACAUUACCAGGCGGCUCAGAGCCAGCUUCAGUCGCGCAAGGAAACAUCGCCGCAGCGUUGGACCGGAUGUGGAUGGUUUCGGAAGCAUUAUGCCAGCGCGGUCAAGGCGGAACGGAGGUGCACGAGAGGAUUUUGCAGGCGGGGGCGAGGCUGCUUUACCUGCAUGCAAGUCGAGGGCCCUUUCGAAGCGCAUAUCUCCGCGAACACCUCGCGAGGUGCAUCGAUUUCUUCCCUCGUAACACCAUAUUUCUAACGCUCUUCUCCUGGGCAUCCCCGAGUUUCGGGAUCGAGGAUCCGGCGAGAAAUAUGCUGCGCAACACAGCCCUUGCGGGGGGAAACGAUUGCGUUGCCAGCCGGGUUUUUGCCAUCAGGUACGAGCUGCAACGGGGCAACGCUCAUUCAGCUCGUGCAGCGUUUGAGCAUGCGAUGGAGAGCCCCGCGUGUCGACCGAACAGCACGCUGUGGCGCUGCUACAUCCGGUUCUGCUGUGCGACGAAGGAACAUCGAGACAAGGCGAAGGAUGUCUUCUUCCGAGGCGUUUCACACUGCCCUUGGUCUAAGGAAUUAGCGAUGGAGGCGUUCACGACACUGGUUAAGGCGAUGGACGAAUUCGAGCUGCGUUCUGUUUUCAACACCAUGGCGUCGAAAGGUAUGAGGAUUCAUGUCGAUUUAGAUGAGUUCGUCACAGCGCAGGGGCGGCGGAUGAAGUGA